AUGGAAAUGAAAAGGCAAGGAAGAAAAUCUCCAGUUGCAGCUAUGAGUCUGAGUCACUCAAUUCACUUCCAAGCGAUCCUGCAGCAUAUAAAAACUCUUGCUGUUUUCGUUGGUAGUCCCACUGGCACCUCCAGUUAUUUCGGUGGGAAUGAGACUGAUCAUCAGGCUUUGUUAGCCUUCAAGACAAAGAUAACAUGUGAUCCUACAAAUGUUUUCAGCUCGUGGAAUGACUCACUCCAUUUUUGUGAGUGGGAAGGUGUUACGUGUGGCCACAAGCAUAGAAGAGUCACUGUAUUAGAUCUUCAGUCCAGAGGUUUGGUGGGUUCCUUGUCUCCAUACAUAGGCAAUCUCAGCUUUGUUAGAGAAAUCUUUCUCUUGAACAACACUAUUCGAGGCAAAAUUCCUGAUGAAGUUGGUCAUCUAUUCAGGUUGCAAACAUUGAUGCUGAAUAUGAACUUCUUCGAUGGGGAAAUUCCCGCAAACCUUUCCCAUUGCUCCAACCUCAAGGUCCUUUUUGUAGCUGGUAAUAACCUUUCGGGUUCAUUACCCAUGGAGUUUUUAUCUUUGUCAAAGCUAGAGUCUCUUGCUAUUGGCAGUAACAAUUUCAGGGGAGGAAUCCCACUUUACAUUGGGAACCUUAGCUCUCUCCAAAUUUUUUCAGCAGCCUAUAAUGACUUUGGAGGACACAUUCCAGAUGCCUUGGGUCAAUUAAGAAGUUUAUCAGUACUUGGAUUGGCUUACAAUAACCUUUCAGGCAUGAUCCCUCCAUCUUUAUAUAAUCUUUCGUCUAUUACUAUUUUAUCAAUUCCUUACAAUGAACUUCAGGGAAGCCUUCCUAAAGACUUAUUCCUCACCCUUCCUCAUCUCCAGUGGUUACAAAUUUCUGAAAACCAAUUUACUGGAUCUCUUCCAGUCUCAUUAUCUAAUACUUCAGAGCUACGACGCCUCGAACUUGAUCGGAACAAUUUCACGGGAAAAUUAUCAAUCAACUUUGGAGCCUUACCACGUUUUGAGGGGUUAUUUAUUCAAUCAAAUAAUUUAGGAAGUGGAGAUGCAGAUGAAAUGGAUUUCUUUCAAUCUUUAGCCAAUUGUAGCAACUUGCUGAAAUUGGAUUUCAUGGACAAUCAAUUCAAAGGUAAGUUGCCAAAUGUUUUGGGCAAUUUUUCAACCCAACUUAACUUUUUCUCGAUGGGUCAAAACUUUAUUUUUGGACAGAUCCCUUUAGGAUUCGGAAAUUUGAUCAACUUGAACAUGUUAAGGAUGGAUGGUAACGAGUUCACAGGGACGAUCCCAAGUGAUAUUGUUAAUAUGCGUAAGUUAGAGAAUUUACUUUUAAAUGAUAACCGACUCUCUGGAACGUUACCAAGUAACCUUGGAAACUUAACGAUGAUAAGUAUACUGUCUUUAGCAAAUAAUAGGUUGCAAGGAACUAUACCCUCAAGUAUUGGAAAUUGCCAAAAUUUGCUGGCAUUAAAUCUAGCUCAAAACAAUCUUAGUGGUACUAUUCCAAAGCAACUCUUUGCAAUUUCCAUGCUGUCAAUUUCACUUAGUUUAGCUCAAAACUUUUUUGUUGGAUCUUUACCAUCAGAGGUUGGCAAUCUUGUCCAUUUAGUUGAUUUGGACAUAUCUGAGAACAAGUUGUAUGGUGAAAUUCCAAGCAGCCUAGGCUCUUGCACUGGCCUUGAGCACCUUAACAUGGAGGGAAAUUACUUUCAAGGUGAGAUUCCAACAUCCUUGAGUUCUUUGAGAAGUAUUGAAGGUAUGGAUCUUUCUAGAAACAACUUAUCUGGUCAAAUUCCAAAUUUCUUGGAGAAGCUUAGCCUAAGGUUCCUGAAUUUAUCCUUCAAUGAUUUUCAAGGAAAGGUUCCAGCAAAAGGAGUUUUCUCAAAUGCUACAGCAAUAUCAGUUGUUGGAAAUAGUAGGCUUUGUGGGGGAAAUUCAGAACUCAAGUUGCCUAGUUUUGGCUCAGUGUAUAAAGGCAUCCUUGGUGAGGAGGGAUCAAUUGUUGCAGUCAAGGUACUUAAUCUUCAGCGUCAAGGAGCUGCUAGGAGCUUCAUCUCUGAGUGUGAAGCCUGGAAAAAUAUUCGUCAUCGAAAUCUUGUUAAGAUCAUAACUUCUUGCUCAAGCAUAGAUUUUAACGGCAAUGAUUUUAAGGCUCUAGUUUAUGAGUUCAUGCCCAAUGGAAGUGUAGAAAAUUGGCUGCAUAUGGAUUUGGAAAUGGAUGUUGAGGAAGUACAGAUACAAAAUUUGAACCUUGUUCAAAGAAUAAGCAUUGCCACUGAUGUUGCCUGUGCACUUGAUUACCUACAUCACCGCUGCCCAAUGCCGAUUGUUCACUGUGAUCUAAAGCCAAGUAACAUUCUUUUUGAUUGUGAUAUGAAUGCACAUGUUGGAGAUUUUGGGAUUGCAAAAUUUCUUUUUGAACUCACAAAUUCUAAACAAAGCAGCUCGAUUGGAAUAAGAGGAACAAUUGGGUACACUCCUCCAGAAUACGGUCUAGGAAGUGAGGUGUCAACCAAAGGAGAUGUGUACAAUUAUGGAAUCAUGUUGUUAGAGGUGAUAACGGGAAAGAGACCCACAAAUAGUAUGUUUGAAGGAGGCUUUAACCUUCACAACUAUGCUAGCAUGGCCUUGCCUGACCAUGUAAUGGAGAUUAUAGACCCAAAACUUUUAAACAAUGUUGAUGAAAAAGAGGAGUGUUUAAUAUCCUUGGUCAAGAUCGGAGUUGCAUGCUCCAUGGAGUUGCCACAAGAACGAUGGGACAUUAGCAAGGCCUUGUUUGAGCUGCAUUUGGUCAAGGACAUUCUUCAUGGUGGUAGGAUUUAG